AAGCUACAUGAUCUUCUCACCGUAGCCCAUCCCCAUAAAACGCGCGUCGUUUCUUUGCAAAUCCCGUCUCCCUCCCUUCUUCGCUUUUUCAUUUCCACUCCCAAUCCAACCCCAACCCUCCUGGACCAGAGCACUACCCAUCGGAAUUUUCUCCAACAGAAGAUAUGAUUAGGCUAUUCAAAGUAAAGGAGAAACAGAGAGAACUUGCUGAAAACGCCAAUGGAGGGCCACCCGUUAAGAAGCAAUCUGCCGGGGAGCUGCGUCUUCAUAAAGAUAUUUGUGAAUUGAACUUGCCAAAAUCAUGUGCCAUAACUUUCCCAAAUGGCAAGGAUGACCUGAUGAAUUUUGAGGUUUCCAUUCGCCCUGAUGAAGGAUAUUAUUUAGGGGGCACAUUUUUGUUCUCUUUCCAAGUUUCGCCCAUCUAUCCACACGAGGCACCAAAAGUCAAGUGUAAGACCAAGGUCUACCAUCCUAAUAUUGAUUUGGAAGGAAAUGUAUGCCUGAAUAUCUUAAGAGAAGAUUGGAAACCUGUCCUCAAUAUAAACACUAUCAUCUACGGGUUGUAUCAUCUCUUUACGGAACCAAACUAUGAGGAUCCCCUGAAUCAUGAUGCUGCAGCAGUGUUGAGAGAUAACCCGAAGAUUUUCGAAACAAACGUGAGAAGGGCAAUGGCCGGUGGCUAUGUGGGGCAGACCUUCUUCCCUCGCUGUGUGUAGCUUUUCUAUUGAAAGCACCAAGGUCCAUGGUCAUAUGCCUACUUACCCUUGAAAUGGAAUUUGGAUUGUAAAAUUUAACUGCAUAAUAGAAUUUUCUUCAUCUUUUUCUUUCCUUUCUUUUCUUUUUUUCUUUUGUGGAUGGAGCUGGCCAUUUAUUUCCUUAAAGACUUGGCAAAUGAAAACCGAAUGAGAAUGUGUAUGUGAAUGUGAAUGUAAACUCUGUUGCACUCUAUUGUCAGACAUUUCAUAUGUUCUUUUCAUGUUGGAGAGGCUAGCGUUACUCAACGUAUAGCAGUAACGCAAAGUCUUGCCCUUAUAUCUAAACCCGCCAUUCCUAUUGCCUUUAA